AUGGAUCCUAAGAAUGCGUUCGUGGAGGAGAAGAAGAGGAAGAGAAUGAUAUCGAACAGGGAGUCCGCGAGGCGAUCAAGGAUGCGAAAGCAGAUGCACCUCGACAAUUUGACGAACCAGAAAACCAUGUUGGAGAUUUCCAACGCCAAUCUGGUUACCGAUAUUAGCAACGCCACCGCGGGGCUCACGACGCUGGAGGCAGAGAACAGAGCAUUGCGGAUGGAAAAGAUGAGACUGCAGGGACAUCUUUUCAAAUUCUCCGGCAAUUCUCCGGCAACUUAUACGUGGCGGCGGCGGUGGCAGCAGCAGCCGCAGCACCUCCAAGGAUUCAUGCCCAGAUUUGAAGACUCUCCAGCGAACCCAUGGCAGCAGCAGCAGCUUCUUGAGAUUGGAGAGACGAACCAAUGGCUGCAGGGUGGCUGUUCUUCGCAGCCCUUCAUGGCUUCUGAUGGGAUGUUUGGAUUGUGA